AUGCCGAUGGCCGCGGCGUGGCAGCGCUUGGGCUUUGAGCCGGAGGCUUCGGGGCGCCUCUCUCCGCCUUCGGCUCUUGCUCCCCGCGCCGGCGUCCUUCAGAGCCCUCCGCGCGGGAGUUUCCCCAGCGGGACUCGUAAUAAAAUCCCCACGGUGGAGGACGUUGCAUUGAGAUUGUUGCGUAGAGCCUCGAGCGGGAUAAAUCGGAGCCGGAAAAUUCAAAUCAGAAACAUCCCACCCCAGCUGCGAUGGGAGGUUCUGGAUGGUUUGCUAGCCCAGUAUGGUACCGUAGAAAAUUGCGAGCAAGUGAACACAGACAGCGAGACGGCGGUCGUCAACGUCACCUACGCCAACCGGGAGCAGACCCGACAAGCAAUCAUGAAGCUGAACGGACACCAGCUGGAGAACCACGCGCUGAAAGUCUCCUACAUCCCUGACGAGCAGUCCAUGCAAGGGCCGGAGAACGGGCGACGGGGCGGCUUCGGGGCCCGGGGCGCCCCCAGGCAGGGCUCCCCUGUCACUGCGGGGGCACCCGUCAAGCAGCAGCCGGUGGACAUCCCCCUCCGCCUCCUGGUGACCACAGAGUACGUGGGCGCCAUCAUCGGCAAGGAGGGGGCCACCAUCAGGAACAUCACCAAGCAGACGCAGUCCAAGAUCGAUGUGCACCGGAAAGAGAACGCGGGAGCUGCUGAAAAAGCCAUCAGCAUCCAUUCCACCCCGGAGGGCUGCUCUGCUGCCUGCAAGAUGAUUUUGGAGAUCAUGCAGAAGGAGGCGAAAGACACCAAGACAGCUGAUGAAGUGCCUCUGAAAAUCUUGGCCCAUAACAACUUUGUGGGGCGCCUGAUCGGCAAAGAAGGGCGAAACUUGAAGAAAGUCGAGCAGGACACAGAGACAAAAAUCACCAUCUCGUCCUUGCAGGACUUGACUCUGUACAACCCUGAAAGGACCAUCACGGUGAAGGGCUCCAUCGAGAACUGCUGCAAAGCAGAGCAGGAGAUCAUGAAGAAAGUGCGGGAAGCCUACGAGAACGACGUGGCAGCCAUGAGUUUACAAUCUCACCUCAUCCCUGGCCUCAACCUGGCAGCGGUUGGCCUCUUCCCUGCCUCCUCCAACGCAGUACCUCCUCCGCCGAGCAGCGUCUCCGGGGCAGCUCCGUACAGCUCCUUUAUGCCUCCGGAGCAAGAGACUGUGCACGUCUUCAUCCCCGCUCAGGCAGUCGGCGCGAUCAUCGGCAAGAAGGGCCAGCACAUUAAGCAGCUCUCGCGGUUCGCAAGUGCCUCUAUCAAGGUAGCCUUUUCCUGGCCAGGAGCUCUAUUUUGAUGGAGACGUGGUCUGCUGCCGGGGCCAGGGCAGCUCUCCAGUCGAAUUUGACCCCUUCUUCCCUCCCUGCUGCAGGCACAAGGCAGGAUUUACGGAAAACUCAAGGAAGAGAAUUUCUUUGGACCUAAAGAAGAAGUAAAGCUGGAGACGCACAUCCGGGUCCCUGCCUCGGCUGCAGGGAGGGUCAUCGGCAAAGGAGGCAAAACCGUCAACGAGCUGCAGAACCUGACGUCAGACCGCUCGGGCUGCCGGACUCUCACCGGUUGCUCUACAUUUUUCCCGACAGGCAAAAUCAUGUCCCUCUUCCCCGGCGUCCAAAUAAGCCGGACAGAGAUGGCACAGCGCAAGAUCCGCGACAUCCUGGCCCAGGUGAAGCAGCAGCAUCAGAAGGGACAGAGCGGCCAGACGCAAGCACGAAGGAAAUAA